AUAUCCGUACACUUGGAUUUAUAUUAGCCUUGAGCCAUGUGGCGGGACACUUGAUUCAAAUCACAUUGAAGAUCCCUGCCAAGUGCCAACUAUUAUUUAACAGUAUAAAAUUGUUUCCUAAAGGGUUUGUGUCUGAAUAAGUGUUGUAUUGAUUUCAGGUUUAAAAUGUUUGAAAUAAGUGAACAGGUGGUACAAAUAUUUGCUCAUAUUCUCAGUACAAUAACAAUAUUGUCAUGUCUCUUCCUAAAAGUACCACAAAUUAUGCAUAUACGGAAGAAGAUGUCGGCACAAGGAAUAUAUGUACAAGCAAUGCUCAUGGAGAUCACAGGAUUCUCAAUCACUACACUGUAUAACUAUACAAAUGGCUACAAUAUGAUGACAUACUUAGAAUAUCCAAUCAUAUUAACCCAAAUCUAUGUGCUGCUCUACUUCACCUUGAAAUAUAAGGGAUUAUUAGAAUCACCAGUUGUACCGUUUGCUACUGUGUCAUAUGUUGGGGCCGUGAUAGCUUUUGCUCUGAAUAUACUCCCAAAAGACAUUCUGUCAUUUUUAGUGCCAUUUUGUACACCUCUCAGUGGCUUCGCAAAGGUGACAUAUAUUUAUGGCAUAAUCAAAGCCGGAAACGCAGAUGCUGUGUCACUAACUACAUGGAUAAUUUCUGUUCUUACUAAUAUGUCACGCCUAUUCACGGUGUACGUCGACUCAGCUGAUCUCAACUUGAUGUUCAACUUUACUGUAUCAUCACUGCUAAGCAGCGGGGUGCUGUUCACAGCCAUAUAUUAUCAAACAUUUACAAAAUCUACAAAAACUCAUAAAGUAACAAAAAAGGAGUAAAUACCAACCAGUCAAGAUAUCUUAUAGUAUUUUACAGUGUUUCUUGUUUUAAAUUGAAAACUCGUUUUAUAUUAUUUUAGUAUCAAAUAUUUUAAAG